AUGGGCAGCGCGCUGGAGACGCUGAGCGGGCAGGCCGUGGGCGCCGGGCAGCUGGAGCGGCUGGGCACCUACACGCAGCAGUCGUGGAUCAUCUGCGGCGCCACCGCGGUGGCGCUCGCGCCGGCGUACGUCUUCGCCACGCCGGUGCUCAAGUCCUUCCUCCACCAGCCCGCCCACGUGGCGCACUUCGCCGGGCCGUACGCCCGGUGGGCGAUCCCGCGGCUGUUCGCGCACGCCAUGAACAUCCCGCUCCUCAUGUUCUUCCAGGCCCAGAGCAGGGUCUGGCCGGUGGUGGCCAUCUCCGGCGCGGCCCUCGCCGUGCACGUCGCGCUCACCUACCUCGCCGUGAGGCGGCUCGGGUUCGGCCUGCCCGGCGCGGCCGUCGUCGGGGACGUCUCCCACUGGCUCGUCGUGGCGGCGCAGUUCGCGUACAUGACCGGCGGCCGCUUCCCCGACGCGUGGAAGGGGUUCACCGUCCUCGCGUUCAAGAACCUCGGCGCCUUCGUCAAGCUGUCGCUCGGGUCCGCCGUCAUGAUCUGCUUGGAGUUUUGGUACUACACCACUCUUCUCGUUCUCGUCGGCCUCCUUAAACAUGCCAAACUGCAACUCGAUGUCAUGUCUGUCUGUCUCAACUACGAGUUCAUGACUAUAAUGGUUGCACUGGGCUUCAGCACGGCAGUCGGCGUAAGGGUGUCGAACGAGCUGGGUGCAAACAGGCCCAAGGAGACAAGGUUUGCAGUGGUUGUGGCAGUUUCGACAUCCAUCUUCAUCGGCGCAAUCUUCAUGGGCGCCGUCCUCAUUUGGAGGACAAGCUUGCCGAAGUUCUUCAGCGACAGCCGGGACGUGAUACAUGGGGCUUCCAGAUUGGGGUAUCUUCUCGCGGUGACCGUAUUCAUGAGCAGCAUCUGGCCCGUAUUAUCAGGUGUGGCGGUAGGAGCAGGGUGGCAAGUGCCUGUGGCGUUCAUAAACGUCGGUUGCUACUACUUAGUUGGCAUUCCGCUGGGUAUCCUGUUUGGCUUCAAGCUAAAACAUGGCGCGAUGGGCAUAUGGAUGGGCAUGUUGACAGGCACAUUUCUCCAAAUGGCUAUACUUCUUGCCAUUAUCUUCAGAACAAAGUGGGAGAAACAGGCUGAGCUUGCAGAAACGAGGAUUUUAGUUUGGGGAGGAAGGAAUGAGAACCUACCACUGAUGAAACCUCCACCUACGGAUGAGAAAAUAUUGGCGGAGGGAAGCAAGAAGAACGUAGAAUUACUGCGCACAGAUUGAUUUGAUUACAGAAUACAUUAUUCAUUUUAGGUUUAGAUAAUGUUUUUAUUGUUUGCUAGCUAGGGUGAUGGCAUGAGCAGGUGCUCCUUUAUCUUUUUCCCUUUCGAUAUUUUAGGUACAUAGUAUUA